GCGUUUAAAAUUAUUGUUUCACCUCAUCUCAGAAAUGUUACCGCGAGCACAUGGAAUAGUGAAUGGCGGCGUAUCUGUGGGAGUUAAGGGAUGCUGGGAAGGGAGCAUUAUUGAUCGUGCGAAAAUGGGAUGGACGUAUCCAUUCGCGCCGAGCACCCAGUCCGCGGACGUGGGACCGUCGUCUCAACCUCAAAAACACGCUUUUAGGCUUUUAACGUUAGUUUAAUAAACCGAAAUACCACAGAACGGUCCCCUUUGGAGCGUUCGCGACUCAAAAACCAAAUGUUAACACUGCGCGAGUUUGAAUAACCCAAAAAACCGAAACACCAACUAGAAAACCAGCAUGACCAGUGAUCUCAAGUAUCUUUGACCAAAAAUCUCGUCAAUACGCUUAAAUAUCAAUAAUUAGACACCGAUGGCUUGGAUAGUGAUAGGAAAUCAUGUGUUUUGAGUGCCUGUAGGGUCGGACGAUAAAGUGACAUGGCUGAAGUAUUCUCGCCUGGAUAAGUGAGAAAUGUGUUCUAGCAAAAUGUGCGGGAUAAAUUCAUUUUCUAAACGUAAAUUCUGUUUAAAAUGGUGCUGGAGGAAGCGUUGGCCCAGGCUGGCGCCGCGUGAACGUUCCUUAUAAAACUAGUUUACUUAUAAUUAAAAAAAUAACCUCAAGAUGAAUUCGUUUAAUGCACCGACGACCCAAAUAAGCGCGAUAGACAAAAUGACAACAGUAAAAUCUAAAUCGGUGGACCUGGAGGGAUAUGUUAUUAUUGUGGCUCAAACCAAAGAUAACAAAGUCAAGCUCUACGGAUCCCCGUCCGCCGGCAACAUGGACAACCUCGAGCUCGCCGACGAAAUCAUGGACGUGAACGAGACGCGACUGGACGAGAUGAACCACACGGAAGUCAUCGGACACAUUCAUGAGUGCAUCUCGUCCUGUCUCAUCAAACUCCGAGUGAAGCGACGUAGCGAAACCAAACUAUUAUCGGACAUCGGACUCAGUAACAUCCAGGAUGCGUUCCUCAUCGCGGUCGAGGAGCAGGCGGCGCAGCGCCUCCAGCGACUGUCGGCCCUCAAGCGGAUCACCCCGGUGGACAUGUCCAAGCUGUCUGUAGAGUUGAAUCGCCGAAAACGAACGCAGCCCGAGAACCGGCAAGAGCUGAACGGCUACAUAGGCAACUCCACCGUCUACGUCACCUCUAUCAACGAGGAGGGAGCCAUUGAGACCAAACCCACCAUCUCAUCCCCCAAGUCAAUCCCCAGAUCCCUCCAGGCCAAACCCACCCCCAUCAUCGCCAACGGAAUAGACAAAAAAGAACCUAUCAAAGAAGUCGUCGAAGUUAAAGUGGAACCGGAGAAACAUGAGAAGGACAUUAGUGAGAAAAGUUUGAAAAUUAAAGUGGAUAGUGUUGAUAGUGAAGUGAAUAGUGAGAAGGAUCCUUACAGUGUCGCCAGGGAGCACCUCAGUAACGGGAGGUGCGAGAAGCUGAUAGGGGAGCCUGAUUAUAAGAUCAGGGCGUCGGCUAUUGUGGAGAAUAAUAAGCUUGGACCAGGGGAGAAAGGACCGCGGCGCCGCUCGGGCUCGAGCAUCGUGGUGCUGGGCGCCGAGGACGAGAAGCGACCGCCGCCGGAUGACGACAAAGACAUGCUUACUAUGCUGUCCCUCUCCGCAGACACCGGUCCUCAUCGUGAGAUGGCGGUGGACGUUCCGGACAGCUUCAUCGCGCGCAACAAGACGCCGCCCCGCUACCCGCCGCCGCGCCCGCCGCAGGUACGCCUGCGCCCCUCCAGGGACGACGAGACUCUUCUCCUCUCCUCCGGCUCCGGAACAAGCUUCGGCAGCAAGCACUCCGUCCUACAGAGCGCUGUAGACUCCGGACCUAGCUCCGACGGAUCCAGCUACAAAAACAACAGCACCAUGGAACUAUUAUCAGGACCGCAGAGUUCCGAAGGAUCCGGAACUAGCUUUGGAAGCAAAAAAUCAAAAGGCUCAUCAGAAACAGCCAAAUGCGACUUGCUAUCCGACAGAGGAUCAGUAGCAUCGAACACUACACACACUUUAAGCGACCAUAAGAUCCAACUUCUCAUUUCUAAUGGCGACGAUUCUUUGCUAGAUUGUAGAGAAGGCGUCUCAUACUCGGCGCGGACGGAGUCUGUGCUCAUACGUGAAGCGGUCUACGCGUCUUACAAACUCCCGCCUGGCUUCGACACAACGCCAGUCCUUCUCGGGAGGGAGGUGGCGGUGGAUGUCCCGGAUUCGUUUGUCCAGAUUGUGAAAACCACCCCGAAAUAUCCGGGUACCGUGGACAGAAUGAGCUUGCAGCAGGUGAACGGCACCGCGAAGACAGCCGCCCCCGCCAUCCCCCCGCGGGAGGCGCCUCGCGACGCACCCCCUCGGCCGCCUGCACAUGAUGUCACUAAAGAGCAGAUGGAGUCAAUCAAGAAAUAUCAGGAACAACUCCGACAACGCAAAGAAGCGGAGGAACGCGCAGCGGCUCAGAACGAGUUCCUACGCACCUCGCUCCGCGGGUCCAACAAGCUCCAGGCGCUGGAGUCCACGCCCAGCGGUGGGACCGCCUUCGUCAACGAUGCCUACGACCCGUAUGAUGAUGAGCUGGACGGCGAGUCUACGCUUUACAAUAUUGUUGAUUACCAAGAAGUAUCAUCAGCUCUCACUCGCAUCCAAAAGGCGCUCGGGGCAGCCGGGGAGUCGGCGCUGGCGGCGCGGGUGGCGGGCGCGGCCAGCGCACUGCUAUGUCCCGAGCUGCGUACUGCGUUAGGCACGAGGACCGCUGUGCUGACGGCAUCGAGGCAUGAGCGGCCCGGGCUAGCGCCGCCGGUUACACAUAGGGCCACGGAGCGUCUAAAAGAAUGUAUGGACGUAGUAGGCGCUCAUACAACUACCGGCGGAGUGGCGGCAGCGCUCUGUGCCGAACUUCUAGCUGCACUGGGAGGUCUAGAGCUAGAAUCGCUUCUACAAGCACAUGACCAAGCUGCAGCGCUGUUGGACCCCGCUAGCUUCACGAGGAAGAGAAAUAAGACUGGCAACAAUCUGAAUCACAAAGACGAGAAAGCUUUAACUGCGCCCGACGACCCCGGCGAGCACAUCAAAAUCAUCAAAAUAGAAAAGACUAAUGAACCACUUGGUGCUACAGUGAGAAAUGAAGGAGAAGCGGUCAUUAUCGGUAGGAUAGUGCGCGGCGGCGCGGCCGAGAAGUCAGGGUUAUUGCACGAGGGAGACGAGCUUUUAGAAGUAAAUGGCGUGGCCAUGCGCGGCAAGUCGGUCCACGAAGUGUGUCAAGUGCUGGGCGCGCUGUCGGGCACGCUGGCCGUGGUGGUGGCGGCGCGCACGCCGUGCACGGGCGCGGGCGCGGGCGUGCACGUGCGCGCGCCCGCCGCGCCGCGCGUGCUGCACGUGCGCGCGCACUUCGACUACGACCCCGAGGACGACGUCUACAUACCGUGCAGGGAGCUAGGUAUCAGCUUCCAAAAAGGCGACGUUUUGCACGUGAUCAGCAGAGAAGACCCGAACUGGUGGCAGGCAUUCCGAGAGGGCGAGGAGGACCAGACGCUCGCCGGCCUCAUUCCUAGCCAGGCCUUCCAACACCAACGGGAGUCGAUGAAGCUGACGCUGGCGGGCGAGGUGGCGGCGCGCGACAAGCCGCGCAAGGGCGGCACGCUGCUGUGCGCCAAGAAACCGCCGCGCAAGAAGAAAGGGAAGAAGGCCACCAGCGAGGCCGGCUACCCGCUCUACUCCACCUCCGCCGGCGAAGGUGAGGAUUACGAACAAGAAGAGAUCCUAACAUACGAAGAAGUGGCACUGUACUACCCGCGCGCGUCACACAAGAGGCCUAUAGUGCUGAUCGGGCCUCCUAACAUCGGCCGGCACGAGCUUAGACAGAGACUGAUGGAAGACAGCGAGAGAUUCGCAGCUGCCGUACCACACACUUCGCGGCCGCGGAAGGACCACGAAGUACCCGGGCAGGACUACCACUUCAUCUCGCGCACGCAGUUCGAGGCCGACAUACUGAACAGGAAGUUCGUCGAGCACGGGGAGUACGAGAAGGCUUAUUAUGGCACAUCCCUAGAAGCGAUCCGCGAAGUAGUGAACUCGGGGAAGAUCUGCGUGCUGAACCUGCACCCGCAGUCGCUCAAGAUCCUGCGCACGUCGGACCUCAAGCCCUACACCGUGUUCGUGGCGCCGCCCAGCUUGGAGAAGCUGAGGCAGAAGAAGAUUAGGAACGGAGAGGCUUUUAAGGAGGAUGAGCUGAAAGAGAUAAUAGCGACAGCGCGAGACAUGGAGCUCCGCUGGGGCCACCUGUUCGACAUGAUCAUCAUCAACAACGACACGCAGCGCGCCUACCAGCAGCUGCUCAACGAGGUCAACAGCCUGGAGCGCGAGCCGCAGUGGGUGCCGGCGCACUGGCUCAAGCCCACCUAGCGCAGCGCCCGUCCCGCUCGCGCCGGCCACACUCGCAGCGACGCCGAGCGAGAUGGCGCGAUCGACGCGUUCCGAUUCAUCCUGCUAGGUAUCAUAAAGCGAAUGGUUUUACAUUUGCUCGUCUCCUUCCACGAUUCGUGGAGUCGGCUGGUCGGGCGGGAGUGUAAUUAUAAAGUAGAAGUAGGCAGUAGGGUCCGCGCCCGUCCGGACUGUCCGUGUCCGGAGCGGAGAUACUCCCCCGCGUGAUUGUUUUAUGUUUUCUAUCGUCGUGUUUUCGUUCGUGAGUCGUGACGGUUUGGUGGUUUCGAUUUUGGACAGUUCGGUUCGAUUGUUUUUAAUGUCGUGUGUAGAAUAAGGUGCGAUGCUUAUGAAUGAGUAGAAGUUGUAUAAAAUGUACGAGAGAAAUAGAGUCAUAUUUAUUAUCAGUAAUGAUAGUUGACCACGUUUCGGUAGUCGAUAGUCUCCAUUUCAUAAUUUACUGGGCAAUAAUAUUCAUUAUCGUCGGAUUAGGUUAAGUUUGCACAAUACGUGAUGUAUAAAUAAGGGAUUUGUCAUACGUGACGCGGUUUCUUUUGGAUAUUAACAAAAUAUACUGCCUUACUGAAUAAAAAGUUAUGUGAUUUUAAUAUCGUACGGAAUUUUGGGCGUCAUACUGUUAGAAAUAGGUAGGUUAUUAUAAUAAAUCAUGCGAGUUUAAUUUAAACUUUUUUCUUAGCCAGUGGUGGAUUAAGGUGACCAUUCGCUGGAUAGAAAUUGUAUAAACCUAAAAAUAAAAACUAUGUUUAAAACUAUAACAAAAAAAAAGAUUGUUUCUGAAAUAGACUGUCGAAUAGAUCACCUUAAUUUUACACCACUGUCUUUCAUCUGUUUUAGAAAAUGAACACAUUCAAAUAUGUAAGUCAUAUUAAAGCGUAUAGGUACUAAAACACAAAAAAACACUUCAAUCAAUCUACAAAUCUCAUGGCAACAAUAUCUACUUAUUAGCAAGUCUACCUUGGUACUUCGCUUCGAAAACUGAUAGUUUUAAUUUCGUCAAGUACCUAUACUUACUUACCAAUGAGAUAUAAGGUACUUACCAACAUCAACCUACAUUAAAUGUACCAAAGUAUAUGAUUUUUUCAAAAGCGAACCUCAUAUAGGUAUUACCUAACCUAUUUAUUACCGAAUUUAAAAACUUCGCUCGACAUUUCUGGCAAUGUGUCCAUAUUAAGUAUAUUCCUGGCUUACACGAUAAGGGCGAAACAUUGUAUAGGUAUACUACUCUUCAAUAUGACUUACUUUUUUUUCAAUGUAGUUAAAUUUAACUGCGGGUAUUAAGUCGAUAACUCACUUCGGUAGGUGAAAAUAAGAGAGAAACCUUUUGCUGUAAGAGUUUAUUGUUUAAAGCAGGGCGUGUAGUUUACGAGUACUCACUUGAAACAAUAAUUCCUUCCAUCUGGCGUAGCCAAAAUAAAUAGUUGGCGUGCCGAUAUACCUUUUUACGGGCCUCAUUUUAUAAACUUACACGUUUUUACCAGUCGAAACUGGCUACACUGGACAAAAAGCCUCUCGUGAUUCGUCAAGUGGGUGUCUAUUGUUUCAAUGUUGCCAGUUUUGAAUUAAUUCGUAACUGUAAACGUUACAAAAUAAUACUUUGGCAAUGCUUGAACAUUUUUAUAAAUAUUAAAGUCAUAGUGAAUAAAUAGGAUGCACGCUGUCAAUAAAACUGAUGAAAUCGUCUUAUAUCCCCUAUAAAUGGAUAAAUAAAAGCGUGUGAAUUAAGACUAUUAUGGCGCUAUAGCGUAUCGAAAACAACACGUCAUGCUCUAGGUACCUGUACUAUUGGAGCCUCAAUGUAUUUCAACCAUUGCGCUGCCAAAGUCUAAGAACCAGUCUUGCACCCGUUACCUUGGCGUGACAGUGACGUUUUUAUUUAAGAAGUAAAGCGUUCAAAAGGUUAAAAGGUCGCCUAUAAGAAGUAUAAGUAAAAUAAAGUCACGAUUAAAAAAAAAUGAAUAGACAUAUUGAGAAACCAAGCUGUUAUGAACUAUUCUUUAAUAAUUUGUCAACGUUAUUUGCGAUGAUUUUCUAUGUAAUGAAGUAUCUACUUAAUAACUUGAUGUUAGCCUAACGAAAGACAUUAUUCCAAAAAGAAAUUGAUUCUGUCAUAAAAAUCAGCUGGUAACUUUCAUUUCAAUUACGGCACCAUCUUAAAUUCUUGAUCGGAAAGAACCUUUCAUUACAUGCACAGAUAUACCCUAUAUAGGUAACACAAAAACUAUUUUCCACAUUUUCCACGUUUUCGUAUAAAAGUGAAUGUAAAAGUUACCAGUUGAUGAUUUCAUAGAUCUAGAAACAAUUAUUAUUUGUAUUUUCUGUGGGGGAUACGAUGUGUUGUAUAGCUACAUUUUUUAAGUUUGAUCAUUGAAAUGUCAGUAGCAAUUAUUAGGAUUUUUUUACUUAUCAAAUAUCCGUCAUAGUACCUAAAUCUAUUGAAUGAUUCAUUCUGUAAUCGUAUGUUGAAAACGUUGCGCGUAAAAUAAAAGGUUAAAAAAAACUAAUAAUACUAGUGGCUAGACAAUAUCUGUUGCAAUGACGUUUUCAGUAGUUAUCGUUAUCGUGUAUUUACAUGACAGUCACGUUCCGAAGUAACAUGAACUGUCAUUAUGACUGACAGUGUCUAUUCCCUUAAGAGCCCUCCACACUCGUGCGCGAAUUGCGGCGCGAAGC